UUGGUGCCAGGAAAAUUUCGCGAUAAACAUGGUGGAUCAGGAAACGUGAACCUUCACUUUCAAAAUUUACCAAAGUUUCUCCUUAUUGUCGUGAAGGUGAGGGUGUUGAUAAUGCCUUGCUGGUACUAUGACAAAGCAGAUCUGCUAAAUACACCCUCAUACAGAGAUGGCCUCGACCCUGAUACAGAGGCACGAUAUCGUAGAGAGGGUGCGCGAUUCAUUAUCGACACUGGCACAAAGAUGGGAUUACGCUAUGACACAUGUGCCACAGGGGUUGUGUUCUUUCACAGAUUCUAUAUGUUUCACUCAUUCAAGGAGUUCCAUAGAUAUGUGACUAGUGCUUGCUGUCUGUUCCUGGCAGGGAAGGUUGAAGAAACCCCAAAGAAAUGUAAGGAUAUCAUAAAGACAGCAAGAGGCAUGCUGGAUGAGACACAAUUCAAAGCUUAUGGCGAAAAUCCAAAGGAAGAGGUGAUGACACUUGAGAGAAUUCUGCUACAGACCAUAAAGUUUGAUCUCCAGAUAGAGCACCCUUACAAGUAUCUGCUCAAAUAUGCCAAACAAUUAAAAGGUGACAAGACCAAGUUGCAGAAAAUGGUACAAAUGGGAUGGACGUUUGUCAAUGAUAGUCUAUGUACCACUCUGUGUCUACACUGGGAACCAGAAGUUAUAGCAGUAGGGCUCAUAUAUCUGGCUAGUAGAUUGUCGAAAUGUGACAUUUCUGACUGGCAUGGGAAACAACCAGGCUUCAAGGGCAAGUGGUGGGAGGUAUUCGUGGAGGACGUCACCAUUGAACUCAUUGAAGAGAUUUGCCACUCAGUGUUGGAUCUCUACUCUGGGUCUAAGGCAGGGGGUGAGGGUAGUGCUAGGUAUGGGGGUAAUUCCCCUCCCCCACCCCCACCAGACAAGAGGGACAGGGAAUCCAGAAAACGGAAACAUGAAAGUGCCAGAGAUUCAAAAAGGGACAGAUAUGCAAAUUCUGGUAGACCUCCAAGCCGCCAAGAAAAGGACAGAGAUCGUUCGAGCCAAUCACGUUCUGCAGAACGCAACUCCAAAGCCCCUCAGUCUGCACCCCCAGGUCCCCAGAAUAGCCACCCCCCUGUAGUUGCACAGCAACCCCCUGGUGGUUACAGCUACACAUCUGCAGCUCCUCCAGGAGGCAACACUUACACUUACUCAAACAUGGCUGCCAAUGCGUCAUUCAUGAGUGGAGAAGGUGCUGCCGAUAUACAGAACAUUCUCAGCUCACAGGGAUCUCGUAAGGAAGAAUCGAGCAGUAACCAUGGUAACUAUAAUCAGCCACCUCCUCCGAGUCAGGUGUAUAGCCAGCCUCAAAGUGGGGGUCAGUUUUCCCAGCAACAACAGCCGCAAUAUCAACAGCAACAACAGGCUCCGUUGCCACAACAAAAUCACCAACAGCAGCAACAGUAUCCGCCGCAACAGCAACAAGCUGGUUUUCCGCAGCAACAACAGCCAGGGGGAUUUAACCAACAGGGUGGCUUUAACCAAGCUGGCUCUGGAAACUUUCAACAACAGAAUCAGCCUCCGGUUCAACAGCAGCAAUAUAACCAGCAACAACAACAGUUUCCACAGCAGCAGCAUGGCCAACCACAGCAGCAUGUUGGAUAUCAACAGCAGCAGAAUUUCCAGCAACAGCAGCAGCAAAGAGGAACAGCGCCACAAAAUUUCCAGCAGCAACAAAACUUUCAGCCUCUUGGACAAAAUCAGCAGUUUAGAAAUCAGAAUCCUCCAAAUCAAUUUAGUAAUCAAGGACAGAAUUUUCAACAGCAAAACUUUGGUGGGUUCCCGCCUCGGGGGCCCCAGGGAGGGAAUAUAGGGGGAAGGAGGUGAUCUCUGUCAGUAAGCAGAGCUGAAAUCAAUGUAUGUUUGGUAACUUACAACAUACAAACGUUCCAACAUUAAUAUGGCCUGGGGAUCCUACUUUAAUAGGAGUGGACUAACCAACAUUUUUCAGUGAUUCAUCAUUUCAUUUUCUUGUCUUUGGGAGACUGCGGAUUUCAUAUUAGUUACUUUGAUGUGUCAUAGAGAAAAUUAUGAAAAUGUUGUACAUCUUUACUUUCAUGUGCCAGUUUUACGUUUAUGGUAAAUAAAUAUUUGGUGAUAUAUUCACUUAUGUGUGGUUCAUUUAUAGUAAAU